AUGCUGCGGACAGCCACACCCUUCGUAGCUCCCAAUAGAGCUCUCUGCUACCUCCUAUUUCUGGCGGUCGCUGUACUCGCGCAUGGCGACGAUGUCGGGCAUGGUAUGAAGAUGGAUAUGGAUGGUGGUGGUGGUGGUGGUGGUGGAUCGGACGGCGCCGGCGAACAUAGCAGUAACAAUAAUGGCCCAACACCGUCCGACGGCUCGAGCCCCAUGAGCUACUUCGCGUAUCAGGAACAUGCGGGCUCCAUCGUAGCCCAUAUUGUCCUGAUGGUUAUUGCCUGGUUCUUCAUUCUGCCAAUUGCAGCGGUGUAUAACAACCAAGUCCCCAACCUUUACGAGAACAACGUCCAUCACAAGAUCGGCUGGAUCGUGACUUGGGUUAUGGUUGCGGAGGUCGUCAUGGGCCUUUUGUUUGCGUAUUCGGGUGGCCGUCGGGACGCCGACACGCUCGCUGGCCUUCCCUACGAGCGAGUUGCUUUUCUCCCCGUUCCGACCACGGAUCAUCCUCCGCAACACGAAUCAUAUCCCGCGGCGCCUUACCAUCAGUACCGCUGGUCGGGCGACAGCGGCCAGGGCAGUGAAAGGAAUACCUCCUCCCUGCGAAGCCAUAGCUGCUCCCCAGAACGGGGACGACGACUGUCCCGACCAGGCGACAGUGACGAGUUUGAGGAAAAGCUAGACGACGAAAUCAACAAUAAUGGCGAAUUGCCCGCGGGCACUAGCCGAGUCUUCUGGAGUGGUUUUGCGGAUAAGUUCCUCUCGAGACGUGUCCCCGGACUGCUUUCCAGGCGCGCGCUCGACAUCAUGAAUGUUUUUUAUGUUGCCAUCGAGAGAACCAUUCUGAUUCUCGGCUUCAUUGCGAUAGCUACUGGAGCUGUGGUUUAUGGUGGUAUUUUCCGGGGCAAUGAUGUUUUCAAUGGCCUCGCACAUUUCAUCAAGGGAGGCAUCUUCUUCUGGUAUGGAUUGCUCACGCUUGGUCGAUGGAUGGGAUGCUUCGCAGACCUUGGCUGGGCUUGGAAUAUUAAACCAUCACGUGAUAUGGUGGGGAGAUGGCGGGCCCGCGUACCCUCAGGGGAAUUUACAGAAUCCUUCGUCAUCUUCUUAUACGGCUCCAGCAACGUUUUUCUCGAGCAUCUCGCAGCAUGGGGCGAAGCGUGGACUGCGCAGGAUUUGGAACAUGUGUCCAUUUCUGUCAUGUUCUUUGGUGGUGGUUUGUGCGGGAUGCUGGUUGAAUCGAAACGUGUUCGAGACUGGAUGAAUACUGCCAUUUUUGCUCCGACUGUCCAUUCGGAAGGCUUGCCGUCGGAAAUUGUUGAAGUGCCAAAGUCGCAACGAGUGCCUCUCAACCCCAUUCCUGGCCUGAUCAUUCUGCUUCUUGGUCUGAUGAUGAGCUCGCACCACCAGUCGAGUAUGGUAUCCACCAUGGUGCACAAGCAGUGGGGAAUGCUGCUUGUGGGAUUUUCUCUUGCUAGAGCUGUUACCUACAUCCUCCUCUGCCUAAGGCCACCGACAUCGCUGCUGCCCUAUCGACCACCUUCGGAACUAAUUGCCUCCUUCUGUCUCAUUUCUGGAGGCCUCGUUUUCAUGCUAAGUACAAGGAACAUCGUUGAUGCAAUGGAUCGUUACGAUCUCAAUGCGAUGUUCGUGUUCACUGUCACCAUGGGAUUUACAUCAUUCGUGAUGGCAUGGGAAAUCCUGUGUAUUUCUAUCAAGGCAUGGGCUACAACAAAGUCAGCACUCGCCAUUCCACCUCCAGCCAGCACGUACCGGUUCCCGGCUUGA